AUGUUCCAUCAAUUCCUGGAAGCGGCAAAUACCCCGGACGCAAAACCUCCCAAAAACCCUUUGAGCCUCAGCCAACACCCCUUGGAGCAAAACUACAGAAACAUCUGCAACAUUCUCCUCUCUUUAACCCACAAAAGGUCCCUCUCAAAGGGUCUCCAGCUCCAUGCCCACAUCAUCAAAUCAGGGAUCCAAACUAUCCCUCUAGUUUCCCAUCACCUCAUCAACUUCUACUCCAAGACCCAACUCCCUCUCUUUUCUCGCUUAGUCUUCUUCGAAGUCCCACAUAGAAGUCCCACUACAUGGAGCUCCGUCAUCUCCAGUUUCGCCCAAAAUGAGCUCCCUUGCGUCGCGCUCCAGUUCUUCCGUGAUAUGCUUGCGGAUAACAUCAGGCCCGACGAUCAUAUCUUCCCUAGCGCUACUAAGUCAUGUGCCAUCCUGGGAAGGUUUGAUAUCGGGAAAUCGAUGCAUUGCCUGGUUUUGAAAACUGGGUAUGAUACCGAUGUGUUUGUAGCCAGUUCUUUGGUUGAUAUGUAUUGUAAAUGCAGGGAAAUUAAGGAUGCGAGGAAAUUGUUCGAUGAAAUGCCUGAGAGAAAUGUUGUUUCUUGGAGUGGGAUGAUAUAUGGGUAUGCUCAGUUUGGUGAAUUCGAGGAAGCUUUGGGGUUAUUCAAACAGGCUUUAUAUGAACGUUUGGACGUGAAUGAUUUUACUUUUUCAAGUGUUGUACAGGUUUGUGCUAACUCGACUCUGCUUCAGUUAGGUAAGCAGAUACAUGGGUUGUGCUUUAAAACGAAUUAUGAUCUGUCAAGUUUCGUGGGGAGUUCUUUGAUAUCUUUGUAUUCUAAGUGUGGAGUGAUAGGAGGGGCUUACCGCGUGUUUGAUGAAGCCUCUGUUAAGAAUCUUGGGAUGUGGAAUGCAAUGCUGAUUGCUUGUGCUCAGCAUUCACAUACUGAGAAAGCUUUUGAUUUGUUUAAACAGAUGGAAGGACUUGGGGUCAAACCGAAUUUUAUUACCUUUUUGUGUGUGCUCUAUGCUUGUAGCCAUGCGGGGCUUGUUGAGAGGGGGCAGCAUUACUUUGAAUUAAUGAAGGAAUAUGGAAUUGAGCCAGGUGAUCAACAUUAUGCUUCUUUGGUUGAUUUAUUUGGCCGCUCAGGUAAACUGCAGGAGGCACUUUCAAUCAUCAGGGAAAUGCCCAUUCGGCCAACAGAGUCUGUCUGGUCUGCUUUUCUGACAGGGUGUCGAAUUCAUGGGAACACUGAAUUGGCGGCCUAUGCUGCUGAUAGGAUCUUUGAGUUGGGACCUGUGAGCUCAGGUUUGCAUGUGUUACUGUCUAAUGCUUAUGCCGCUGCUGGUAGAUAUGAGGAUGCCGCCAAAGCUAGGAAGAUGCUUAGAGACCGAGGAAUUAAGAAAGAGACAGGUUUGAGUUGGGUUGAGGAGGGAAAUAAGGUUCACACAUUUGCUGCUGGGGAUAGGUCCCAUUCAAAAACAAAAGAUAUCUACCAAAAAUUAGAGGAAUUAGGAGACGAAAUGGAGCUAGCUGGUUAUAUUGCAGACACAAGUUUUGUGCUGAGAGCCGUCGAUGGUGAAGAAAAGAAUCAGACAAUCAGAUAUCAUAGUGAAAGGCUAGCCGUUGCAUUUGGGCUCAUUACCUUUCCACCAGAUAGGCCAAUCAGGGUUAUGAAGAACUUACGCAUCUGUGGUGAUUGUCAUACAGCAAUCAAGUUUAUGUCCAAGUGUACUGGAAGAGUAAUUAUUGUGAGGGAUAACAACCGGUUUCAUCAUUUUGAGGAUGGAAAAUGCUCUUGUGGUGACUAUUGGUGA